AUGGUCACUGAGACUAACAGGUAUGCCCACCAACGGUUGGACGCUUUGGAGAGGCGUGGUCUGCUGGCCCCACAGUCACGCUUCCGCAAAUGGGUUGAUGUGACAGUGGAGGAGAUGAAAAGGUUCAUAGCUAUCCUUUUGUCCAUGGGCAUCACCCGUCGCAAAAAUCUUGCAGACUAUUGGAGUACCAACCCAAACCUGUACAUACCUUAUUUUAGCAGAAACAUGUCUUUCAAGCGCUUUGAACUAAUAACAAGUAUGUUUCAUCUAUCUUCUAUCGUUUCUCCACCCGCGGGUCAACCAGGGUAUGACCCUUGGGCGAAGAUACGGGAGUUCAUAGAUCAACUGAAUGAUUCGUUCAAAGCGUAUUUUGUUCCAGCCCAACAGGUAUGUAUUGAUGAAUCAAUGGUCGGCAUGAAAAACCGGACUACAUUCAUUCAAUACAUGCCUAAUAAGCGGCAUUCUCGUUUUGGAAUCAAAAAAUUUGAGCUCUGCGAUUCUGCGACGGGGUAUGUCAUGCAAAGUGUAUUGUACAGUGGUAAGUACUUUUUGUCCAUGGGGUCAGAUCCCUUCACCCAUAAAGUAGUUGCAUACCUGCUUGGCAAAGCGGCUUUACUGGACAAAGGCUACCACUUGUUCACUGAUAAUUUCUACACGAAAAUUCGCUUGGCCCGCUGGUUGUCCGAUCGCAACACCUUUUUGACAGGGACGGUCAACAAGCGGAGCAAGGAAUUGUCGACAGCUGUUUUGGGUGCAAGUUUAGAGGUUGGUGAGGCACUGUAUUACAGAAUGAGGCUUGAACCUACGGGAUCAGUCCUCUUUGUGAAAUACAGGGAGCGUGCAACCAGGAAACCGGUUCACCUCAUCACCACUGCUAUACAUGCGCAAAACACUGAAUCUACCAGUGCGAGUGGCCGCAAAUCAACAAAGCCGCUUGUUAUCCAGGUGUAUAACAAACACAUGGGUGGGGUGGAUCUGAAAGAUAAGAGUGUUUACCAUCUGUCUUGCACUCGUACUUCGAUCAAGUAUUGGCGGAAGAUAGUUUACAAUUUUACUGACAUGGCCAUGCUGAACGCGUACUUGUUGUACAAGUGUCAGCAUAGCGACAAGCCUAUGCCCAGAUCUAAAUUUGUUGGCAGUAUAAUUGAUCAAUUAUCUUUCGCUAAUGCGGCUCCCCCUCCCUUGCCAAUUGCUGGUCCUACUGGUGACAUCCCUGGCCCACACGACAUUGGUAAAUUGCCAAACAGGAACAAUCGGGAGUGUGUCGUGUGUAUGGAGAAACAUGGCCUGAGGCGUCGCACAUCUUUCUGGUGCCCUACGUGCAAUGUAGGAGUCCACCCUCUCUGCAAUGUAUCCAUGGACCACAAUCCAGAGCUGUACAGACGCCGCCAUGGUCGGAAGCCUACCCAGUAG